UAUGUGUGUCCCUAAUGAGCUGUAUGUCCCCUCCUAUGCUGUUCUCUUUAAAUUCAAAUCAUUGUCUAAUUUGGUCUCUAAUGACAAACAUUUGCCAAACCUUAAUGAAGAUCAAUACUUGUUGUGAUGUUUGCUGUUUUUGAGACACUUUUCAGUUGAAAGUCAUUUGUGAUCUUACGAUUGAUUUGAAAGUAAGAAAAUUAAGUAAAAAAUGCAUUCAAAGUGGUGCUUACAAAAUGAUGAAAUUAUUAGUUUAUUAGAAGGACAGGGACGUGUCAAUCAAUUGGGUGGUGUCUUCAUCAAUGGCCGUCCACUUCCCAAUCAUAUUCGUUAUAAGAUUGUUGAGAUGGCAGCGGCCGGAGUGCGUCCCUGUGUUAUCAGUCGACAGCUUCGUGUUUCUCAUGGAUGCGUCUCAAAGAUACUAAACAGAUAUCAAGAGACUGGAAGCAUACGUCCCGGAGUUAUUGGUGGCAGUAAACCUAGAGUUGCCACUCCUGAGGUCGAGAAAAAAAUUGAAGAAUACAAAAAUGAAAAUCAAGGAAUAUUUAGUUGGGAAAUUAGAGACAGACUUAUUAAGGAAGGAAUAUGCGAUAAAAACACUGCUCCCAGUGUUAGUUCAAUUAGUCGUGUAUUGCGUGGAAAUAAUAAAAACAGUGAUUAUAGAAGUGGUAAUGAAAGUGAUAUUUCAGUAAAUGAUUACUCCAUUCGUAAAGACCAUAGCAUUGAUGGUAUAUUAGGCGGAAGAAGUGGUGAUGACUCUGAUUGUGAUUCAGAGCCGGGAAUACCAUUGAAGCGAAAGCAGAGGCGAUCGCGCACUACAUUCACAGCGGAACAGUUGGACGAACUCGAGAGGUCUUUCGAAAGAACACAAUAUCCAGAUGUUUAUACUCGUGAAGAAUUGGCACAAAAAACCAAAUUAACUGAAGCGAGAGUUCAGGUUUGGUUUAGUAAUCGUAGAGCGCGUUGGCGUAAACAAGUCGGCGGAACUCAAAUUAAUGCUAACUUUAUUUCAACGCCACCACCAAUACCCGUGACGUCUACACCAACCAUUAACAUCGGCUCAUACCCACAAUCAAACAUUACCUCCCAUUAUAUGGAUGCACCAGAUUUCUCACAUAACGAGACUGGUUGGACAAGAAAUAGUCACCAAAAUUUUGGUCCAUCAGUACAGCCAUCGUUCAUCAGUUCUCAUCAAAUGUCAACUCAUGGCAAUUAUGCGAGCGAUCACUUCAAUCAACCGAUGCUUAACAUUUUGAAUGCUAAUAAUAGUAGCACUCAUUCAAAUAGUGUCGCUAAUAAUGAUUUUCAAUACAAUGGACACAAUGCUAAUGAAAGCAUUGGAGCCACCCAUUGGACAUCCGCUACAUUAGGUUCGACCAGAAAUAUAGCCGACUCUACUUCAUGGCCACACACUCACAGUGCUUUUGUCACCCCUAACGCAACCUAUCAGUCCAACUCAUAUUUCAUGUGA